UCUUGUAUAAGCGUGUUGUCGAGAAACGUGACGUUUGACGUUGAACAGAUGAGAGAAACUGAGGAGGUGUGUAACUCUCAUCUUUACUGUUGUGAGGAGAAGGGCUGCAGUGUUUGUAAGUGGACGGCAAAAGCAACAUUUAGAGAUGAGUUUGACGGCUAUUCUGUCAGAGAUCGACGGUGGAGAUGACAAGGGAGUUGAAAAGCUUUUGCAGAAGUAUAACAGAGAGAACAGCCACACGUUUGCCUUUGACCACAAAGAGGAGGAUGCACGAAUUAAAUUGUGUCAGGGUCUUCUUACAGUCCUCCGUCGAUCAGAUCAUCCACUUUGCCAAAGCACCUGCCUGGAAACCCUGCGCAUCCUGUCCAGAGACAAGCGUGUACUUGGACCCGUAGCCACCAAAGACGGCAUCCUCACUCUAGCGGGUUUGGGCCGGAUCCACGUGGCAGGACACGAUGGAGAGCCGUUAGAGGAGGCGCAGUCAGCAAAGGAGGAGAGGGUUGUGGUGGAGGCCCUCAAGUGCCUGUGCAACGUGGUGUUUAACAGCGGGCCGGCACAACAGGUGUGCGCCGACUUAAAAUUGGCGGAGGGUCUGUGUGCACGCUUGCAUUCGGUCAGCUCGUCCCAUCACGAGGUGGGCCUGUUCUCUCUCCGGCUGCUGUUUCUGCUUUCCGCCCUGCGGACGGAUGUGCGCGGCACACUUCGGAAGGAGGCGGGCACUGUGAGGCUGCUCACUGGCAUACUGGAGCGCACCCUUGAUGUCCGUUGGGUAGGGCCGUAUGAGGCUGCGCCCCCUAAUCCAGAAGCCCUGCCCAUUUCCUUAGAAAACAACGAGCUUGCUAUGGAAGCACUUAAAGCUCUGUUUAACAUCACUAUGUCUGAUUCCAGUGAUGAGGACAAUGACCACCAGCUUCGGCUGAUUGCGGGCAUCAUGAGACAUCUCCUAAUGCUCAAGACGCACACUGACGAUAAAACAGAGGAGGCUCACAGUCAUGCCAUAAAUCUCCUGAGUAACCUUCCUGUGCGGUGCCUGGAUGUUCUGAUAGACGUCCCUGUCCAAGGUGGGAUAGAAACGUACGGUGGAAAGAACGUGGAUGUAGUGCAGAAACUACUAGAUUUUAUGGAAAAGAGGAUAGACAAGGGGAUCAACUAUAAAGAAGGCUUGACACCUGUGCUGAGUUUGAUGACAGAGAGUUCAAGAUACCACAGGGAAAUCCGCAGAUACCUCAAGGCCCAGGUGUUGCCUCCCCUGAAGGAUGUGAAGGAAAGGCCGGAAAUCGGCGGCACUGUUCGAAACAAACUGGUGCGUCUCAUGACGCAUAUAGACAUGGCAGUGAAGCAGGGGGCUGCUGAGUUUCUCUUUGUGCUUUGCAAGGAGAGCGUAGAUAAUCUGUUGAAGUACACUGGUUAUGGUAAUGCCGCGGGACUGUUGAUGGCACGAGGGUUGCUGGCUGGAGGCAGAGGAGAGACGCAGUACUCGUCUGAUGAAGACUCUGACACUGAGGAGUACAAAUCAGCCAAACCAUUCAUUAACCCCAUCACAGGUCACAUAGAGCACCCAAUGCCAAACCCUAUGGAUGAGAUGACAGAGGAGCAGAAGGAAUAUGAAGCUCAGAAGCUUGUCAAUAUGAUUGAUGAAUUAUCAAGGAAAGAACUGAUCAGACCGAUGGGAGUGAGGAAGGACGGCACUCUGGCGCCCCUAGGAGAGGCCAUCCACGCAUGCAGCUCUCCACCCAGCAGCGACUCCGACUCAGACUAGCAGGAGUUUCGUUCACCCAAACCCUCUAGGCACUGCUGCUGCCGCCGGCUGACCGCCACUGUCUUACCACCUGUCCCUUGCUCAGGGGAUAGUUCAGUUAUUUCCAACUGAGGUUUAAAAUGCAUGAGACAUGAGAAGGCAUGUCUUUCUAAUUGGGACAUGUAUGGGGAACUGUGGAGUGAGCAGAGAGAGAGAUAUACGGUUGUCAUCAGACGUCAGAUAUAAUCGAAGUGACUGUUUAAGAUGGAACUGUUAAGUAGGAAGUUACACAACAUAUUCACCUGUCUGUGAACAAGUAAAUGCACUUGGUCUAUAAUUAUGAAGUAUAAUAACAUUUACCCUUAAGAAAAGCUGUUCAUUUAGGUUUGUAUUAAUCAAAUGGUUUGUGGAAGUUGCUGGUUCACAGAUGGAAGAAACCGGUUUUACAACGUCUCAAAAUACUUGAAUGUCUUUUGAAAUGUUAUAUGCCAAGACAAGCCAUGAGAUCAUUUAUGUUAAGAAAAAUAUUUUUUCUUGCACUUGAUUGUUUGUGCAUUUAAUUUUUUUUCCCACCACUUAUGCCUGGAGUUUCAAACAAGUGUCUUUUCUAAUGUCCUAUAUUAUUUUUAGCUACACAAUUUUCUAUAUAUUAUGUAUUUUUUCCUUUUAAUGUUAUUGGAGAUGUUUUUUUUUCUUUUUCUAAUGAAUGUUAAGUUUUCUACACAAGAGAUAGCAUGUAAUAAUUAAAUUCAGAUUUUCUAAAUAUUUCUGGUUAUUAUCAUUGAUUUAAAAGCUUGUGAAUAUUUUACAAAGUCCAGUACUCAUCUUAUACAACCACUAUAAGAUCAGUAAAAUAAAGGGGCUUUGUUUUAUAAAAUGUUCAUUUUUAAUUUCCUUCUGUUUUUGCAUUUAGAUUCUUUGUUGAUUUUCAUUUCAGACAAUCAUUUGCAAUAAAUGA